AUGAAGAACCACAUUACAACAGAACAACUACCUAUUUCAUCACCGUUAGAUCUCGCAAAGCCACAGUCAGCCAAACCCUCGCAGUCAGCCACUGUCCGCCUCGAAGAGCUCAGCACGCUUUCUACUCAAUACUCACGCAUAAUCAUUAUCGGCGGCAAUCAUGACCGAGCUCUUGACCCAAGCUGUGAUGAGAGGGAUGCCACGCUCUACAAUGAUCUCGAUGCCCGCAUAGCCUAUCGUGAGGCAUUCGAUAAUACCCUUGGCGUCACAUAUCUCUGUAAUAACAGCACAAUAGUCAGAGCUGGGGACCGGAUGCUACGGAUCUGGGGCUCCCCGGGCUCGAUCGCUACCUCUAGACAGACGGCAUUCGGAUACACAGCUGGGAGUAUGGCGGAGGAGCUAUGGGAACAAACCCCCAAGGAUAUUGAUAUUCUGAUUACGCAUGGUCCUCCACUAGGAUACCUGGAUGGUGAUAACAAUUUAGGUUGCUGUACUUUGCUUGCGGCAUUAUGGCAGAUCCGGCCUUUGCUGCAUGUCUUCGGACAUGUGCAUCAGAGUCGCGGUCGCUGCGUUCUAAAAUACAACAGUAACCAAGCAGAAUAUGACACAAUGAUGCUAAGUAGGAAGAAGCGGGAAGAAAUAGACGCAGAGGAGGUGAAAUAUACCCCGCCGCAUCUGAGGGCAGCUGGGGAAUCGUCAGGUGCGAUAUCGAUGCCCGAACAGAUGACCAAGUCGGGUGGGGAGGGACUAUAUUAG